AUGCUGGUGUCCAACUCCUCGUCGUCGACGGUGAACGUGAAGAUGGCGUCGGACGGGGUGUGGCAGGGCGAGAAUCCUCUAGACUUCGCGCUGCCGCUCCUCGCCGUGCAGAUCGCCGUCAUACUCGCCGUCACGCAGGGCCUUGCCCUCGCGCUCAGGCCACUGCGCCAACCUAAAGUUGUCGCCGAGCUUCUGGGCGGCAUCUUGCUGGGCCCGUCGGCGCUGGGUCGAUGGGGCGCCUUCCGCCGCGUCAUCUUCCCGCCAUGGAGCACCGCGGCGCUCGACACCGUGUCCGGCCUCGGCCUGCUGCUCUUCCUGCUCCUGGUCGGCCUCGAGCUCGACUUCCGCGCCGUGCGCCGCGCGGGCCCGCGCAGCGUGGCCGUCGCCGCGGCGGGCAUCGUGCCACCGUUCCUCGCCGCGCCGGGCCUCGUUCCGCUGCUAAAACUCGCCCUCCCGCCGGCUCCUCGCCAUGCGGCGGCCUUCCUCCCGCUCUGCGUGUUCGUCGGCGCCGCGCUCUCGGUGACGGCGCUGCCCGUGCUCGCGUGCAUCCUCAAGGAGCUCGGCCUCCUCGGCACGCCGCUGGGCGAGACGGCCAUGGCCGCGGCCGCGGUCAACGACGUCUUCGCGUGGGCGCUCCUCGCGCUCGCGCUCGGCGUCUCCGGCGGCAGCGGGCCAAGGGGCACCCCGCUCGCCCCGGUCUACAUCCUCGCGUCGGGGGCGGCCUUCGUGGCGCUCAUGCUGUGCUUGCUCCGCCUGCUCAUGGCGCGCCUGGCGCGCCGCGCGGGCCCCGAGCGCGCCGCCGCGCUGGCCUCGUCCAGCACCGGCGCCGUCGUGGCCUGCGCCCUGCUCGCUGGCGCGGUGACUGACGCCAUCGGGGUGCACCCGGUGUUCGGCGCCUUCGUGUUUGGGCUGUCUGUGCCCCGGGAGAGCAGCCUCGCGGAGCGCGCGCGGGAGAAGGUGGCGCCGCUGGUGUCCGGGCUCAUGCUGCCGCUCUACUUCGCCACCAGCGGGCUGCACACCGACGUGGACACCGUCCGCGGCGCGGCCGCGUGGGGCAUGGCCGCGCUCGUCGUCGCCGUAGCGUUCCUCGGGAAGUUCGGCGGCACGUUCGCGGUGGCCACCGUGACCGGCAUGGCGAGGCGCGAGGCGGCCGCGCUUGGCGUCGCCAUGAGCGCCAAGGGGCUCGUCGAGCUCAUCGUGCUCAACAUCGGCAAGGAGAGGAAGGUGCUGGACGACACGACGUUCGCCAUCUUCGUGAUCAUGGCGCUUACGACGACGGUGCUGGCGACGCCAUUCAUGACCGCGCUGUACCGCAGCACGCCGACAGCGACCACCCCUGAGACUGACGGGACGGAGCUCAAGGGCGGCGAUGCCUGCCCGGCCUAG